AAAUAAGUUAGCCAUGCGUUUCCCGGAAGAGAAGAAGAGAAGAGAAAAAAAAAAUCAAAAACGCUCUAUUUUCGCCACAAAAUCAUUUUUCGCCUUGGAAGAUAGAAAGCAAGACCUAUCGUACGACGCUGGAUUUGGAUAUAAUCCUGCCCUUCUUCUCUUUUCAAUACUUCUUCCUCCCCACAUUAAUUCCCUGUUACUCGUCCAUCUCUUUCCCCUCUUAGCGAGGUCAUUCCCCCCCUUUUUCCUUCUUCCAUACUCACUCAUCAUGAAUUUCGAUGAACUUGCGGUCCUCCCUCAAAGCGGAGAGAAGCCUACCGAAAAAGCUGAUCAUGGAUCAUCUUCUUCGCAUGACGGCGUAGAUGAAAAACAAACAUAUCACAACCAAAGCAUUCCAUCCCAAGAACCUGCACGCGAACGAAUCAACGAUAUCGAUAUCGAAGCAGCUAAAUGGCGCAGACGUGAAAAUGGAGAAGAUGAUGAUGACUCGCCAAAUACACCUUGGAAAGAUAAGCUCUUGGUUUUCUUUCAUUCAAGAUAUGCAGUUUGGAUUCGUGAUUUCGGAUUGAUUUUGCUCAUUUUGGGUUGGUGGAUUCCCGCAAUCAUCAAUGAUACACCUAAAGUUCGUCAUAGAUGGAUCCCAUCAACGAUUUUCUCUUGGUUCUUCAUCCUUCUCAUCUUAUUCCACAAAUCACGUUACAUUCCUCAAAGGCCAUUUGCACGGGUCUUUGCUACAGCUUGGAAUGCAGUCCUUGGUAAGCCUUGGAGUAUGCUACCAUACGCAGGUAAAUUGUCUGCAGGAUGGAUCGCUUUGACUGCUUUGGUUUUCGGUUCUACAUACGGAUUGCCCACAACACCCACCUCAAAUUACGGAAACAGAACAAUCUCUUUGGUCGGUCUCUUAUUGAUUUACGGAGGAAUGUUUUUGGCUUCCAGCAAUCACCGUGCCAUUAAAGCAAGAACCACAAUCUUGGGUAUCGGUUUCCAAUUCAUCAUUGCUCUUUUCGUUUUCCGCACUGGUGCAGGAUCAUCCUUUUUCACGUGGAUUUCCACCGCUGCCUUUGACCUUUUGAACCAAGGUGUGAUCGGAGGUGCAGCAUUCUUCUGGAACGAUUUGAUCUCAGAGCACUACUUCUUCAUCAACACACUUUCUAGUAUCAUCUUCUUUGUUGCUUUGUGUGUUGCAUUAUUCUACCUCGGUGUAUUGACUUGGGUUAUCAAGAAAGCAGCUUGGUUCUUCCACAAGACUUUCGAUAUCUCUGGUGCUGAAGCUGUUGUCGCUGUUGCUUCCCCUUUCAUUGGUCAAGGUGAAAACGUUGUCUUGGUUCGUCCUUAUGCUCGUUUGUUCACCCGUGCCGAAUUCCAUCAAGUUUUGGUCAGUGGUUUUGCCACGAUUGCAGGUUCAGUCUUGUCGGCUUAUAUCAGUAUUGGUGUUAACGGUCGUGAUUUGAUCACUUCUUCCGUUAUGUCCAUUCCUGCUUCUAUUGCCGCAUCAAAAUUGGUUUACCCUGAAACACAAGAAGCCGAAACUGCAGGACAACUUUCUAUUGAACGUGAAGAACAAGAAGAAGAACGUGCAAAUGACGCUCUCCAUGCAUUGAGUAAUGGUGCUUGGUUCGGUCUCCGUGUUGCCGGUUUGAUCUUCUGCAACGUUUUGGUGAUUGUCAGUUUGGUUUAUGCCAUCAAUGGUAUCUUGGCUUACAUUGGUAAUGCAUGGUACAUUACAGACGAUAAUGGAGGUCCAUUGAGUUUGGAUUUGAUUAUCGGAUACAUUUUAUGGCCAUUGACAUUCAUGUUAGGUGUUCCAAGAAAGGAUGUCUUGACUGUUUCACAAUUGAUUGCCACAAAAGUCGUUCAAAACGAAUUCGUUGCUUAUUCGCAAUUCAUCAAAAUUCAACAAGAUCUAGAUCCUCGUGCAGUCAAGAUUGUUACUUAUGCCCUUUGUGGUUUCGGUAAUUUGGGAUCUUUGGGUAUCAAUAUUGGUGUGAUGAGCGCAAUUGCUCCAAAACGUAAGAUGGAAAUCGUUCGUUUGGCACCUUCUGCUUUGAUCACUGGUGUGUUCGUCACUUUGUCCUCUGCCGCAAUUGCUGGUAUCGUCAGUGCAGACUAAAAAAGGGGAUUCCCACAAACGUUUUCUACUUUAUGAUCAUGUACAACUUUUGUGCUUAAUCUGUCUCUUUUGGAUUUGGAAG